AUGAAAAUGAUAUUACAGAAGGAGAAGGAUCUUGAACUUGCUGCUAAAAUUGGCCAAUCAUUAUUGGAACAAAAUCAUGAAUUACAAACUAGGAACGAAUUUUUAGAAGAAGCAUUAAAUGCAUCCAAUGAUGUAGUGAUACAAUUGCGCCAUGAUUUACAAAUGCGCUCAAAUCUUUUACGUUUUUAUGUUGAUUAUGAUAUUGAUUUAGAUGGAUGUACAGCAGGGCAAUCAAAUAGCGAAAAUUUUCAACGAAAAAUUAAGCUAUUGGAAGAUGAGAAUCAAAGUUUGAAAAAUGAGUCAACAAAUUUGAAGAAAAUUUGUUCGGAAUACGAAGAAAAUGAACGAUUGCAUAUUUCGGAAUGGACAAAACAAUUGGAUACAGCUAAUGAGAAGAUUUGUCAUUUGCAACAUUUACUUGUUGAAAGAACGGAAGAAUGUGGAAAUCAAAAUGUUGAAGUGGAGCGACUUCUCAGAGAAGUUGCUCUACGAUCAAAUCAUGAAAAAGCGCUUACAAGUGAAACUAUCAAUUUGCAUCAACAAUUGCAAGAUGCGCUAACAAUACAUGAGGGACUUACAGCGCAAGUAAUUGACUUGCAGGAACGUUACACGGAAGUUUUGGCAAUGUUGCAUGAUGCAGAAGAAGAGUUACGGACUUUUCGGCAAAAUCAAUCCGCUUAUAGAACAGGCACUCCUGAUUCACUUUAUGAUUCAUUGGCAAGUGAAAUUGAAGCAUCAGAUAGUGGUUUCUAUAGUGCUGCAAUUAAUAGUCAAAAGUAUGAAAUGAUAUCGGGAAAAGUGCAAAAUAUGCAAUCGGAAAUGGAUAUGACUUAUUUAUCGAAUAAAUUAAAAAUGAUUAAUAAAACUCGUAAAAUGAAUAAUUCAAAUGUAUUGAAAACUACUCGUACAGUUGCUACUCUUACCGAUCCAUUACCAUCCGAUCAAUAUCAGCAAAAUUCACAUAAUGAUGAUAAUGUAAUUGAUGUACCGAAUAAUACUUUUGCAAAACUACUUCGACAUUCUUAUCUUUCUCAUUUCCCGAUAUCUUCUUUGGGAGAUCAUUCAAUUGAUCCUAAUACUUCAGCAGAAUUAGAAUCAUUGUCAACUUGCAAACCUGAAAUGAAAUUUUUUGAAGUUAAUGCUAGUACAAGUGCAUCAUCAAUGCAAUCAAAACAAUUUUUUGAUGAAAAUCAUCAAAUUCGAUUAAUGUAUGAUUUCAAUCGAAUAUCACAAUAUAAUUCUGGUUCAACUAGGAAAAUAGGAUCAAAUGAUUCAUUAUCUGAUUAUGUGGAACCAAAAAUGGGUGAACCAGGACGACCCGGUACACGUGACCUAGAUUGGUCAAUUCAAAAAUUAAAUAUACGAAAACAGAUCGAAAGAGAAUAUGCAAGAUUUCGUCGAGAACGUGGUUUACCGCCUUCCAAUACAUCAUUCUUCAAUAUUUCAUCAAAUAAGAUUUCUCGAAAUUCGAUGACAACUUAUCAUUGGUCACAAAUCAUCCAACAACAACAACAUCAAACAUUAUCUUCAGAUGAAUUACAAAAGCAUAAAUUAACCAAUGAUUUAUCACAGAUAUUUAAACGUGAUAAAAUCCUAUCAAAUAUUGGUUUAUUUGCUUUACUUCAUGAUAAUCUUACUCAAGGUAUUGUACUUCGUUCAACGAUACCAAUAACACCACCAGUUACACCUGUACAACAAAAACGUGAAACUUUCACAGGUAAUGAUAUAUCAUUAAAUUCAUCAUCAUAUCUUUUGGAAGCACUUGACCUGUAUAUUAUACCAUCAAAAGUAUCGCCGCUAUCAUUAACAUCAAAACAAUUGGCUCAAUUUCAUAGUAUGCAUAAUUUGCAUCAUCAUGAUUUUUUGGUGACAACAACAACAACAACAACAACAACAACAACAACAACGACAACGACGACAACAACAAUUUUUUUACCAGAACAAUUGAAAAAUAUUUCAAGAAAAUGUAAUAUUUUAAGUGAUAAUGAUAAAUGUAAAAGUUGGAAUUACUAA